UUAAGCCGGACCCUCCGGAAGGCCUGGUGGUGGAGCCGGUCCCGUCGGCCCCGCGGCGGCUGCGGGUCCGCUGGCAGUACCCGGCCUCCUGGCCCAAGGAGCCCCACUUCCAGCUGAAGUUCCGGCUCCAGUACCGGCCCGUUGCGCACGGCUCCUGGUCCAUGGUGGAGACCGUGAACCUCUCUGAAGUCAUCACCGACGCCUUCUCCGGCCUGGAGCACGUGGUGCAGGUCGGUGCCAAGGACUUCCUGGACGCCGGCAACUGGAGCGAGUGGAGUGCCGAGGCGCGGGCCACACCCGGGCCAGGCCUGACCGUGACGCCAGGCGAUGAAGCCACCACCGACGCCAGCCUGGAGAGCCCGGCCGAGGAGCCCUCGCUGGCCCCCAACCCUGAGCCCGUGGAUCGCAGCGACCCCAUGGAGAAGGUGGCCAUCCUGAUCUCGCUCGGGAUCUUCGCGUUCGUCAUCCUGGCCGUGGUUCUGGGCAUCGCCAGCGCGGUCUG